CACAAGGUCUUACUGUCAAGAGUGUGAUGUUGGCCUGUGUUAUGACCAGUGUUUCAUGGACUACCAUACCCUUCUACACUUCUGAAGCUCUCUGUGACUAAGGGUGAGCAAAGAUGCUAAUUUUGUACACUGUUAUAACAAGUGUGUAAAUAUAUACUAGCCUACUACUUUCUCGCUUAUCUAUACCUUUAUCACGUAUUGGGAGUUAGAUACAAAGUAAAAAUACGGCAGGUGGGUGAUACGGGCGCAACAAGGCUGCCCCGCCACCUGCACCUUGACACCCAACAUGCAGCAGAGCCUUGUCCCAAAGUUUCAUGUAAUGUUGAAUUUUAUGUUGCUAAAACAACUGAUGCUCUAUUCAGGAACAUCCUAACACAACACUCGUGUAUUAUACGCUUAAACCACUGCCUGGUGUGUGAUGCUGACGCCAGUCAACGCCGCACCUCCCUCCCCACCACCAGCUGGAUGACGCGCGGAGCAUAACCCCCUCUACUGAGUACUAAAUGGCUAUGGGGCCGGGGCUAUCAGGGUGGGUGAACCAGGGCACCAGCAACACGCAGCAGCCCCUCCACACGGCCCACAGCACCCCGCCAUGGCCCACAACAACCACCACAGCAGCAGGAGGAGAUGAAAGUGGAGGUGCAAAUGGAGGGGUUCAUGAUGAUGAGUGCUGCAGGUUCUGCGGCUACAAGGGCCAGGCUCCGAAACAUCUGAAGAAACACCUGCGGAUUCACACCGGGGAGAAGCCGUUCCAUUGCCCCGCCUGCAGCUACUCCUCCGCCCAGACAAGUAACCUGAACGGGCACAUCAGGAGACACCACCCGGCCUUGUGUCAGGCGCGUGGUCCGCUUUCCUCAAGCAGACCUGUAAGAGAUGCCGUGAGAAGAAAAGGCACGUGUUUGCAGGUUAGGAUGCCAGGAGUUGUAAGUUCUCCUGAUGAAGAUUAUACCCCAACCACUGAUGAUGCACCCAUGAUAAAGAAGAGAGGAGUGAAGACUGGCACCAAACGAGGGAAGUACACUAAAAUCUGCGCAAAAGACAGUGCAACAAAUAUAAUCCUAAAAGCAGCUGAAAAUGACGAGAACUGGAAGGCUGUAGCAGAGGCCAACGGCAUCCCUAUUCAGACAGCUUACGGGUGGAUACGACGAUCAGGUGAACAAAGAAAAAAACGCGGUGGUCGUCGAUUUACAAAAGUUGGUGAAGAGCAUGUUGAAAUGAUGAUAGAAUAUGUGCGGGAAGAUCCACUUAUUACACUUCAGGAGAUUUCUGCCAAGCUCGCUUUGGAAACUGGCAUUACUGUUAGCACGAACACUGUGCACAGGCAUUUAGAAGGCCAGCUUUACACAGUGAAAAAAAGACUCCCAGAACCUGCUGCUAUGAAUACAGAGGAAAAUAAACAGAAACGGAAAGUGUAUGUGGAAAAAAUCAUGAACAGAAUUGGGCGCGGGAAAACAGUUAUCUACAUGGAUGAGACAAAUGCUAAUCUUUUCCAUCGACGAUCUCAAGGGCAUGCACGCAAGGGCUUGCAUUGCAUGCCUGAAUGUCCCACAUCAGAAGGACAAAACAUUCAUAUACUUGGCAGCAUGUCUCAGCACGGCCUGCUGUACUGGGAGCGUCGACGGGGCAGCUACAAGAAAGAAGACUGCCAGGAAUGGCUGCGAAGAAUGCUACGCACAAUUACUGAGCCUCUCUACAACAUUGUUGUUGUGUGUGACAACGCACCUGUUCUUUCUGGCAUUGAAUACAUUGCAGAAGAGGAGGAGUUCAUGGGGGUAGAAAUAGUACGUAUGAGUCCUUACAGUGCUCCACUAAAUCCAACAGGAGAAUGCUGGAGUGUCAUGAAAGCCGCCAUGAAGCGAGAUUUGGCUGAAAAUUCUGCAUCGCUUAUGGGCACCCCCCCUGACAUGACGCAGACGGAACAUCGUAUCCAGUCCCUAGAACACUGCAUUGAUAACGCUGUUACCAACAUCACACCCGUCCUCUGCCUGAACACUUGCAACCAUGUACAAAAACAUUUUUCUGGUGUGAUGCAGAUGAAGGACUUGGACGAUAACUGAAUGGAUUGUCAGUAAUUUUGAGUGCAUUUAUGCUGACAUGUAAUGCAUAGUUGACUUUGAUCUCUUCCUCUACAUAUUAUUGAUGGUAUUAUUAGUCUCAUAAAUAUACCGUACUAUGUUA